GGAGUGCAAGGAAGGGCAGUCUCCUGAGCAGAAGUGCACCUAGGCGCUAGUUGGUAUAAAGUUAGUAAAUGUGAGGCCUCGCCCGAUGCCUGGGUUGUGGGCUUUGUUUCUCAGCCCUCCAUAAGUCAUCCUGCUGAAGAAGACCCGUAAAUCUGGCUCUUUUCAGGAAUUUGCAAACAGGGCAUUUUAAAGAUAAAUGAAAAUAAAAUGGAAACCACUUCCCUGCGGCGGAAAUUUCCAGAAUGGAUGUCAACGCAGAAUAAAAGCUGUGCCACACAAGAAAAGGCAAGCAUUCAGAAGAGUGUUCUUGAAGAUGACCUCCCAUUCUUAGAAUUUACUGGAUCUGUUGUUUACAGUUAUGAGGCCAGCGAUUGCUCUUUCCUGUCUGAAGACAUUAGCAUGCAUCUGUCUGACGGAGAUGUGGUAGGAUUUGACAUGGAAUGGCCACCCAUAUACAAGCAAGGGAAACGAAGCAGAGUUGCAGUGAUCCAGCUGUGCGUGUCUGAGAGCAAGUGUUACUUGUUUCACAUUUCUUCUAUGUCAGUUUUCCCCCAGGGGUUAAAAAUGUUACUAGAAAACAAAUCGAUUAGGAAGGCAGGCGUGGGCAUUGAAGGGGACCAGUGGAAACUUCUGCGUGACUUUGAUGUCAAGUUGGAGAGUUUUGUGGAGUUGACAGACGUCGCCAACAGAAAGCUCAAGUGCGCGGAGACCUGGAGCCUCAAUGGUCUGGUUAAACACGUCUUAGGAAAACAGCUUUUGAAAGACAAGUCCAUCCGCUGUAGCAAUUGGAGUGAUUUCCCCCUCUCUGAGGACCAGAAACUGUAUGCAGCCACUGAUGCUUACGCUGGUCUCAUCAUCUAUCAAAAAUUAGAAAAUUUGGGUGAUGCCGUGCAAGUGUUUGCUCUAAAUAAAGCAGAGGAAAGCCUACCUAUGGAGAUGAAGAAACAGUUGAAUUCAAUCUCUGAAGAAAUGAGGGACCUUGCCAAUCAUUUUCCUGUCACUUGCAGAAAUUUGGAAACUCUACAGAGGGUUCCUAUGAUAUUGGAGAACAUUUCAGAAAAUCUGUGUUCAUUGAGAAAGGUGAUCUGUGCUUCUACAGACACUGGGACUAAACUGGAGCCAGGCGGUGGUUCGCAUUUACUGUCAUCCGAGGGUUCAGCUGCUGUCGGAGAGAAAGAGAAACAAAUGGGAGAACACAGGACUUUUCCUAAAAUUAAAGAAGAAGCAUGGGACCCAGAACUUGACAGUUUAGUGAAGCAUGAGGCGGUCGAUGUUUUCAGAAAGCAAGUGAAGCAAGAAAAAGGUGGAUUUGAGGAUGAAAUGGAAGACAGUCUGUUGAGAGAAGUUAUGGAAAGAACUUGUUUGAUGCCAAGUAUUUCAGAAUAUGACCUCCAAGAUUUGGAACAGCAAGCCAAAGAAGAAAAACAUAAUGCUAUUUCUCACCAGUUUUCUGAGCACUUAUCUCCCGAUGAUGAUGAGAAAGACUCCUCUUACAUCAUUGAAAGUGAUGAAGACUUAGAAAUGGAGAUGCUGAAGUCUUUAGAAAAUCUAAACAGCGAUGUGGGGGAGCCCACUCAUUCCAAAUGGCUGGAAACGGGAGGCAGUGUGAACCUUCCUCCCGAGGAGGAAGAUGGAGACGGAAAGGAAGCCUUCGAAGAGGAGCAGGAAGAAGAGGACCAUUUAUUGCCAGAACCCAAUGCAAAGCAAAUUAAUUGCCUCAAGACUUAUUUCGGCCACUGCAGUUUUAAACCGGUCCAGUGGAAAGUCAUCCAUUCAGUAUUAGAAGAAAGAAGAGAUAAUGUUGUCGUCAUGGCAACUGGAUACGGAAAGAGUCUGUGCUUCCAGUAUCCGCCCGUUUAUACAGGCAAGAUCGGCAUUGUCAUUUCGCCCCUUAUCUCCUUAAUGGAAGACCAGGUCCUCCAGCUUGAAAUGUCCAACAUUCCAGCCUGUUUACUUGGAUCAGCACAACCAAAAAAUAUUCUAGGAGAUAUUAAAUUAGGCAGAUAUAGGAUCAUCUACAUAACUCCAGAGUUCUGUUCUGGUAACUUGGACCUACUCCAGCAACUUGACUCUAAUAUUGGUAUCACACUCAUUGCUGUGGAUGAGGCUCACUGCAUUUCUGAGUGGGGUCACGACUUUAGAAGUUCAUUCAGGACUCUGGGCUCUCUGAAGACAGCACUCCCACUGGUUCCAGUCAUUGCCCUCUCUGCUACCGCGAGCUCUUCCAUCCGGGAAGACAUUAUACGGUGCUUAAACUUGAAAGACCCUCACAUCACCUGCACUGGGUUUGACCGACCCAAUCUCUACUUAGAAGUUGAACGGAAAACAGGGAAUAUACUUCAGGAUCUAAAGCCAUUUCUCGUCCGAAAGACAAGUUCUGCCUGGGAAUUCGAAGGUCCAACCAUCAUCUAUUGUCCUUCGAGAAAAGUGACAGAACAAGUUACUGUUGAACUUGGGAAACUGAAUGUAGCCUGCCAGGCAUACCACGCCGGCAUGAAAAUUAGCGAAAGGAAGGACAUUCAUCAUAGGUUCCUGAGAGAUGAAAUCCAGUGUGUUGUAGCUACUAUAGCCUUUGGAAUGGGCAUUAAUAAAGCCGACAUUCGCAAAGUUAUUCACUACGGCGCUCCCAAGGAAAUGGAGUCCUAUUACCAGGAAAUCGGAAGAGCUGGCCGUGAUGGACUUCAGAGUUCCUGUCACUUGCUCUGGGCUCCAGCAGACUUUAACACAACUAGGAAUCGCCUUAUUGAGAUUCACAAUGAAAAGUUCCGGUUACAUAAAUUAAAGAUGAUGGUAAAGAUGGAGAAAUACCUUCAUUCCAGUCGAUGUAGGCGACAAAUCAUCUUGUCCCAUUUUGAGGACAAACGACUACAGAAGGCCUCCUUGGCCGUUAUGGGAACUGAAAAAUGCUGUGAUAAUUGCAGGCCCAGACUGAAUCAUUGCUCUUCUGCUAACAACUCAGAGGAUACAGCCCAAGACUUUGGGCCACAAGCAUUCCAGCUACUAUCUGCCGUGGACAUCCUGCAGGAGAAAUUUGGAAUUAAGAUCCCGAUUUUAUUUCUCCGAGGAUCCAAUUCUCAGCGUCUUCCUGAGAAAUAUCACAAUCACAGGCUUUUUGGUGCUGGCAAGGAGCAAGCAGAGAGUUGGUGGAAGGCCCUUUCUCACCAUCUCAUAGCUGAAGGAUUCUUGGUAGAGGUUCCCAAGCAAAACAAAUUUAUAAAGACUUGUUCCCUCACAAAAAAGGGUAGGAAGUGGCUUGGUGAAGCCAUUUUGCAGUCUCCUCCCAGCCUUGUCCUUCAAGCUGACGAAGAGGCGUUUUCAAGGAAGGCUUUGCUAUCCAGUUCUAAUCCCGUAUCUUCAGAAACGAAGCCACACUCCUCUAAUCAAAAGCCAACUGGGUCAAGUACACAGCAGUCUAAUUUGGAGGGAGCGUAUUCUGACAAAGUGCCUGAGAAAUUUUCUUCUGGGAGUAACAUUCCUAAAAAAAGCGUCGUGAUGCAGUCACCGGGAACAUCGUACAGCUCCUGGGAACCUGUCAUUUCGGCCCAAGAGGUCGACACCCGGACUGUGCUGUAUGCCAGGUUGGUGGAGGCACGGCAGAAGCACGCUAAUGAGGUGGAUGUACCUCCAGCUGUGCUAGCAACCAACAAGGUUCUGCUGGACAUGGCCAAGAUGAGACCGACUACUGUUGAAAACGUGAAACAGAUUGACGGUGUCUCCGAAGGCAAAGCUGCUCUGUUGGCCCCUCUGACGGAAGUCAUCAAACAUUUCUGUCAAGUAAAUAGUGUUCAGACAGACCUCUUCGCCAGUACCAAACCUCAGGAGGACGAGGAGAAAAGUCAGGAGAUGGAGAACAAAGCCUGCUCACUCCCCCAGUCUGCGGCCGUCACAUAUGCUCUAUUCCAGGAAAAGAAAAUGUCCUUACACAGCAUAGCUGAGAAUAGACUUCUGCCUCUCACAGCGGUCGGCAUGCACUUAGCCCAGGCGGUGAAAGCCGGCCACCCCCUGGAUAUGGAGCGAGCUGGCCUGACCCCAGAGACUCGGAAGAUUAUUAUGGAUGUUAUCCGAAACCCUCCCAUCAACUCAGAUAUGUAUAAAGUUAAACUCAUCAGAAUGUUGGUUCCUGAAAACAUUGACACGUACCUCAUCCACAUGAUGAUUGAGAUCCUAGAGAGCGGGUCCCACGGCAGGACCCAGCCUUCCUGUGAUUCCAACAGGAAGAGGUGUCUCCCCAGCCCCGCAGAGAGUUGCGGCAGCUUUAAGAAGAGCAAGGAGAUGGUCACUGAGACCAAGGCACCAUCUGAGAUGUCCCAGAGAAAAUUACCUGAAUGGUUUGUCAAAGGAAAUGUGCCCUUGGCUGCUACUGGCAGCUCAUCAAUGGCCAAGACAAAAAAGAAAGGUCUUUUUAGUUAAGAUGGCAGCUACCGAACAGUUUGUGUGUGCCACAACAUCAUUCCUAUAAAGAAUAAAAAAUAAGUAUUUUACCUUCCAAAUGACUUAAAGUCCAAAGUGAAACUCACCGAAACGUUGGACCGCUGGCAUCUUUAAUCGUCCGUCUGCAGUGGAGAUAAAGUAUCCGGACCUUCUAAGACCCUGAGUGCAGUAUAGAGUGUGAAGUCGGUCUCCUUUCAGGUUGCUUCCCGAGCCACCGUCAUGCUGCAGUCUCUCCCUUCUUGAAGCAGUGCCCGUGGGAAAGGGAGGAUGUGUCACUUUGACACCCAUAACAGAUUAGUAGUUGCAUAGUGACAGAUAUGAAGACGUCUUUAAUUGACAAGAUGGCGUCCUGUGAAUUUAAGACAGCAGAUUCGUUUUACAGAUGGUCUUUGCUUUCUCACACAGAUGCCUGUACGUUCACUGUCAGGCAAUCUCAGUGCACCGGCCCAGUCAGUGACACAUCAGCUUCCUUUUAAAUGGGAGAAAGUGUGGAAAGGAUUCCAGUUAUAGAGACAACUGAAGCCUGUGCAUUUUCUACAGAAUUUUUAUUAUUUCUCCAGUAAAAGUGUCUUCUGUACUGAGCAUUAAAUAUACUUAAUUUUCAUUUAUUUAAUUAUUGUAAGUGCCUUCAAUAUUUGGAGAUGCCAAAUGUCUUAUGUUUCACACAGAAUUUAAAAAGUGAAAAUUCAACUCUGUUCUUGGUAAACUAUUGUUAUAUAAAUUUAAGCAGUUUACCAUAUAGCUUAUAAAUACAAUUCUAAGCCUUGGAUUGACUUUUUUGUAAAUAGAAAUAGACUGUUAUUAAUACAGAAAAAAAUACACCUGAAUUCGGGUAGCUUACAAAAAAAAGUCACUCAGGAUUCCAUCAGGAAAUAAUGAAAGCCAUCUUUUGUAAUCGGUCUGACUUUCUGUUACUCCUUUUCUCAAUUUGAAUCUUAUCAUAAGACAUUCAAACUAUACUUACAACAUAAGAACUCCACGUUCUUGUUUUUCCGCUGUUACCAGAAGGUAGCUUUAGGUUUGUCACACAUAAUCUCCAGAAAUCUUCUCUUUCUCUGUGCCUUAAAAUGUGUCCCGACAAUUCAUGAGGUGGUCUCGUCUAUGGCAAAGCGUCGGCUGCUUAGAGUGCUUGAGGAUCAUGCUAUGGUGGUCAUCUGCAGGAAAACAUCUGCUUCAUUAUCUGAGUUAUGAGUUGAGUCAGGUGGUUUUUUUCCUCAUGGAAUUGAAAAGCAAAACGUGGUGGCAACAGUUAUGCUCCUUUUUCAGACCUGGUUAUUUGGCAGACAUUUUCUCAGGAUUGAAUGCCAUUAGCCUAUUGCUUUAAGGAAAACGACUUACCAAUAGUUAUUGCCAGUAACAAAAUUGAAAUUUCUACUAAAACUUAGAGUUCCUGCAAGUGUGUGUCCUUCACUGGGAAUCUGGGCAGCCAUACUUGACCUGAGGACUUUUCUAAUGAGAUAACUAAGACAUGAUAUAAUGUAGUAUGUAUAGUAAUGUGGUCAAGAAGGAAGAGAUGAUGGCUGUCCUUUCAGAUUACACACUGAAAAUAAUCAUUAAGAAAGAACCACUGUUUUUGUUUCAAAGAUUCAAAGUUUCAAAGAUUCUCUACCAUCAUUUGAAAAGCUAUUUUUAAAUAGCUUUUCCUAACAUCACACACACACACACACACACACACACACACACACACACAGACUGAAUACAGUAGACUGGACUCCUAAACUCAUCUACACAAUGAGAGCAUUUACAGAAAUGAAAUGGGACCAUCCUUGUCAAAUUUUUAAGGAAAAUGUGAUUUUUAAAUGAACAACAUUUGUGCUAAAGUGUAAAUGGUUUACUACAGCUGUUUUUAAAUGAAUCAAUACAUUUUUGGAAAAAGUCUCAGGUGUGAUUAUGUAUCUGCAUAACUGCACAUAUAACCACAGACCGGAGAGUAGAAAGCAACCGUGUGACAUUGAAGGAGUUGGGGAGGGGACCCGAAUGACAUGGAUGCUAAGAAGGGAGGGGGCAGGGAGCGGGAUGCAAAGUGAAUAUGUAAAUAAAAUAAAAUAAAAUAAAAUAAUAAAAAAGAAAAGAAAUGGGAAAAACAAGGCAGGCACAUUAACCACAGAGGGAACGUUGCACACACACACACACACACACACACACACACACACACACACACACACACACACGAGAGAGAGAGAGAGAGAGAGAGAGAGAGAGAGAGAGAGAGAGAGAGAGAAGGUAGAGGGAGAGGGAUAACCAACAUUGAAGAUGUUUGAAAAGCCAGAAGGAAACAUUACUUAAGUCUUUAUGUUAACUUAAACACACACACACACAUGUGGACUUGGUUUGGUUCGAUUUCAGACAGGGUCUCACUAUAGCCUUGUUUGGCCUAGUGCUCAUUAUAUAGAACAGGCUGUUCUCUCUCUCUAUUCUCUCUCUCUCUCUCUCUCUCUCUCUCUCUCUCUCUCUCUCUCUCUCUCUCUAGUUUAAAUAAAGUUAUGCUACCUCGGGUGAUAAUGCUCCCCUUAGGGACAAUAGACUACUAAUGAAAUCGCCAGUGUUAAGCAGAAGAACCCUCCCUUCAAGUUGUUGGUCUGGGAAGUCCAAGAGACUCCUCCCCUGACAAUAUAGGCUAUUGCCAUCACCCUUGGUUGCAUCUGAGAACUUGAAGGCAAAACCCUGUUGCUGAAUAAUACUCUGCAUACUUCAGGGACACGGAGAAACCCCACUGGAACUGACUUAGAAGCUCCACCCAGAGGACUGGCUCUCACAGUGCUGCAGGGUGGUGCACAACCCCUCAAGAAGGAAAAGCAGUCAGUGCUGUCCAGCUAUAAAGCCUGUGAACCAUGGUUGUGAUCAAUAUGGCAAGAUAUCUCAAGGUACAAUGGUGGUAACCAACAGCUGUCUAAUUGGCCUUCCAGCUCACUUAGCUGAGGGAAUCCAUACCCAAUCCUGUCAACCUAGGCAACUGCCCAUGGCUGAUGAACUCAUGGACCCUAGAGGAGAAGCUAUUACUGCUGUUUUCCUAAGCCAGCAUAAUUUCUAACUUCAUCUAAACAUUUAUUCUAAUGUUCAAAGCAGCGCAGCUCUCACCUCUCAUCAACAAAGCAUCUUCUUGCUGCAGAUAGAGACCAUUACAGAAAUCCUCAGCUCCUCAAAAUGCAGAGAAUUGACCGUGGGCUACCUAAAGCCAAUCAAGGCAUCUACACCACCACCCUUACUUACAUGGAAGGCUCUAGGAGCCUUGUGCAAGAGGGGACAGAAAGAUUUUAAGAGCUAGAGAACCAGGAUUUCAGCUGUGAGAAAGUGACUUCUAUACAUGACACAGAAGCUACACCCAUGAAAUUUCAAUGAUGCAGUCGCCUAGACAAGACCAGCACAAUGACAUCACCAGUUUAACAUGCCAACAAUGAUGGCGGAGAUCUCAAAAGGCCCUACCCCUAGAUGAAGAGCGAGAGGCGAUCAAUGACUGCUGAGAGGGCAAAUGAGCCUUCUCUAGGUCCACUCUUCUGAUAGGUUAUCCAAGCCAAAGGGGUCAGCCCUGAACAUACAUACAUACAUACAUACAUACAUACAUACAUACAUACAUACAUGUGUUUGUGUUUAAAACAAUAAAGAAGUCAUGAUCUUGAUAGGGAGUGAGGGGGAUGCAGAGGGAGACUUGGACGUAGGGUGGGGAGAGGUUGGAAAUGUAAAUCAAGCUCCCAUGUAUGAAAUUCUUAAAAAAAAUUAAAAUAUUUCAUCAAGAUUGAAAAUUCUCACUUUUAAUUUCUAAAAUGAUAAAUGUUGAUGGAUGUGAACAGAGUUAAUAAAAGUUCUUAAGGGCCCUCUAUUUUUAAGAAUAUGAAGGGCCUUGCAAGAUAAUGUUUUGAAAGCUAUUAGAGUAUGUUAUUUGUUAAAUGGGUGUACUAAGACUUGUUUAGCUGACUAUAUUGUUGGGUAGUUAAUAAUGUUCUCUGCUAACUUGAACAGCAUUGCUUUGACGUUUUGUUUUGUUUUGUUUUUUGUUUUGUUUGUUGUUGACACUAUCAUUACAUGCCUCCAGGCUUGCUUCAGACUUGUGACAUGGGUUUUGGGAUUGCAUAUGUGCAACACCAUGCCCAGGCCUAAAUGUUCUUGAGAUGAAACUCCUGCAGUACAGGCAAGGCCUUGUGGGAUCUGCCUGUCUGUUUAGCCCUUGUUCCAUCUUGCUGUGUCCUUGAAGAUGGCCAAGAUGGCAGGAUGUCCCCACUAGCUGUUCUUUUCUCUUACAAGACUCUCUGUUAACUAUGGCAAAGUCCCCAGCCCUUCCCUCCAGUUCAAAGGAAGGGGCUGGGGUAGCUCAGUAACAGGGGACUCACCUAGUGAGACUGUGGCUCCCAUCCCAGUACUGCCCAAUGCACUAAGGGCCAUCUAGGGGGAGCUAAAAACUAGCAGGUGAUCUUCCUGAGAUGGUUCUGCCAUGGACUAAAAUCUCUAACCGAUUUGCUUCUCUAGGCUAGGCUGAGGAGAUUAAGUCUGAAGAAAGAUUCCUGUAUAUGCUUUUCUGUUAUCACUAAAUAUAUAACAAUCACUAGGUAUUGGCUCACACUUUUGAGCAGAUUUCUGCAGACCUGUGAAGAUGUACUGUCUUGUAUAUAGACAAAUAGGUAAUAAUUCCUGAUUUGAUUCAAAUAAUUUUAGCAAGAACGUUUUUAGAGAUGGUCUCAGUUGCUAGAAAGAUGUAAUAACGUUAGAAUCAAGAAUAGAAUGUCCCUAAUCAUCAUAAUAGUGAGUAAAGGCUGCAUAAGAAAUACAACAAGCCUUCAUGAUCACACUAAAAAGAGAAAUAGACUUGGGACAAUUUUGUGUUCAAGGAUGAAGUCACAGGUGUGCACUAUGAUAAGGCAAGGCCAUCAAAAAACUGUUACUUUGAACUUUUGAUGAGUAUAUUUUAAUGAAACACUGCUUUGAACUUAAUAUCAACAUCCUUCUGUAACUCCCAUUUUAUGUAACAUUUUAUCUCUGAGGUAACUUUCUAAAGAAUUUUUUUUAUCUAAGAAGGUAUAAAAGACCAGAGUAAAGAAAUAAAAUUGUUGGUUAAAUGGC